AUGUAUGUGAUGUUCCAAAUCAAUUCUGAUGUUGGCUACAAAUUUUUUGAAUGGCUUCAUGAAAGCACAUCAACGAAUCGCAAACUGUUUGGAUUAUCUACAUCAAAAUUCAUUCAAGCUUUAUCAGUCUCGCGUAGUGGCAUUUUAACAAUCUGCAGCUUUUGUUGUCAGGUCAAUUGGACUCUGUAG